AUGCUUCGUUCCAGGGAUGUCCUCGUCGAGAAGGCCGACGAAUUGGCGGCGCAGAGCGCAAUUCACCGUGAAGCGCUUAUGGUGGCACGGGAGGAGCACUUGCGGGCAGAGGAGCAGAUACGGAAGCUGUCUCUGGAGAUGCGAGCAGAAACCUCGGAGAGUCGGGUGUCAGCCAUCAGCCUUCAGCCUUCAUCGCGUAUUGAGACGACACAGAGCGGCUUGCUUCCAACACGUGACGAUUCUGUUCGUGAUGAGGGUAUGCUCGCUGUUGUGUGUCGUUUUUGCCGUGAAGGCGAGCAGGUGGAUUCGGCGCGUGAGAUGGCCCUGCGGGAGGCGGAGGCGCACGUCGCACAGCAGCGCGAUUCCCUUCUUCUGUGGGAGGAUGCGCUGCGCAGUAAGGAAAGCGAGAUGGUGCAGUGCGAGCUCGAGAUGAAGCUGCGGUGGUCCGAGGCCUUCAUGCUGAAGGAGCGGCAGCUGGGGCACCUUCGGACGGGUGUGGAGAGGCGACGCGCAGAGCAGAUGGAGCGUGACCGCCAGACGGGGGACCUAUCGCUGGGCGAGCGCGGGAGGCGAAUGCAGCAGCUGCAGCGCAUCGAGGCCAACUUGCGGAAGCGGGAGGAGGAACUCUCGGCGCGACCUGCAGCGUAG